AUGCUUCCAAAUCAAACUUCAUUCCUCACUGGGGUUGGCAUUUGCAUAAUAGUUGUGCUGUAUUUCGAAGGAAAACUUUCACCAUCUAUUUUGCCGCCUGUGAACACUCCACCAAAGUUUUCUCAGGAUGUGAAAAGCAUUUUUGAACGACCAAAUCUUGUGCUGCAAUUAGUGUCCAACUGUAGAACGUCAUCUCGUCGAGAAAAUUACGUUAAACAACUGAAGCGAUACAUACGUAUUACUCAACUUGGCAAAUGUUUUGGUGGAAAGUGUUCACCGGAGUGUGAAACUCGUGCCAUUAGUAAACACAAAUUUUACUUAUCUUUUGAAAAUAGUGUUUGUCAAGACUACAUUUCGGAGAAAAUGUUUCGUCGGCUUGGACAUAUGUUGCCAGUUGUUUUAAAGAGGUCAAUAUAUUCCGGCUUUAUUCCGGAUGACGCUUUCAUUGCAGCAGACGAUUUUAAGUGUCCGGAAGAUCUGGCGAAAUACCUAAGGUAUUUGGGCGGUAAUUAUACUGCGUUUUCUAAGUACUUUGAGUGGACAAAGCAUUGGAAAUUAGAGCGGGAAAAUCACGCAUGUCUUCUGUGUAAAUUUCUUAAUGAAAAAAACGGUACUGUGAAAACUUUAGCAAACUUCAGGGAGUGGUGGUAUGACGAUAAAAAAUGUGAAAAGUACUACGCGGACCGCUUAACUUGCCAUUGACA